AUGCCAAUGAGGCACGUCAACGCGGUGGCGGUUUUACUAAUGAUGUUCUUCACUCUCCUGAUCCUCUCAUUCACCGGCAUUUUAGAAUUCCCGUCUGCCUCCGAUCCGAUGGACCGGGAAGUGAAAUUACCCGAUUCCUCCGACGCCGUUUCGUCGGAUCCGUUCCGCGACGUCUUCUCAGCUUUUAAAAAAUGGGACUCGCGAGUGGGUUGUGCUCGGUUCAGAGUGAAUCACAAGGAUUCGAUCCCCGGAAAUGUUAGUUCGGGUUCUCUACAAGAAUCCGGAGUCGGGUCGGGUGGAUCGGGUUGCGGUAAGCUGAAGAUGGAUCACGUUAAGAUUCUAGUUAAAGGGUGGACUUGGAUUCCGGAUAAUUUGGAAAAUCUCUACUCUUGUUCAUGUGCGAUGACUUGUUUGUGGACUAAAUCGCCUGUUCUCGCUGAUUCUCCCGAUGCUCUGCUCUUCGAGACGACGACUCCUCCGUUACAGAGACGUGUUGGAGAACCGCUGCGUGUGUAUAUGGAGCUAGAGGCCGGAAGAAAACGCUCAGGCCGGGAAGAUAUAUUCAUCAGUUACCAUGCCAAAGACGACGUCCAAACAACUUACGCUGGUGCUCUCUUUCAUAAUAACAGAAACUAUCACAUCUCUGCACAUAAACACAAUGAUGUUUUGUUGUAUUGGUCUUCUUCAAGAUGUCUCUCUCACAGAGACCGUCUCGCUAAGAGCCUUCUUGAUUUGAUUCCGCAUCACUCUUUUGGUAAGUGUCUUAACAACGUCGGUGGUUUGGACUCAGCUCUGUCCAUGUAUCCAGAAUGUGUCUCAGAUUCCAACUCCGAGCCAAAAUGGUACGACCAUCUCCACUGCGCAAUGUCACACUACAAAUUCGUUCUUGCGAUCGAAAACACAGCCAUGGAGUCGUACGUGACAGAGAAGCUUUUCUACGCGCUUGACUCCGGUUCUGUGCCUAUCUAUUUUGGAGCCUCUAACGUGCAAGAUUUCGUCCCGCCGCAUUCGGUGAUCGACGGUAGCAAAUUCGGUUCUGUGAAGGAGUUGGCGGCGUACGUGAAGCGGCUCGGUGAUGAUCCUGUGGCUUACUCGGAGUACCACGCGUGGAGGCGGUGUGGAGUGAUCGGGAACUACGGGAGAGCCUGUGCGGUGAGUCUUGAUACGUUGCCGUGUCGAUUGUGUGAAGAGAUUAGCAGAAGAGGUGGUAAGGACGCCGGAGCUUGA